UGUUGAACCGUCUACGAGGCAACGCGAGGGCCCGUUUGUUUGUGGUAAUCUCGGUCCUCGUUCGGAACGAACCAAAAUAGAACCGAUUCUUUUGGGUGAUUUUUUGGGCACUUUCGGGUGUUUGGAAGUGCGCUAAUUGUGUGUUCAAAGUGAGUUUGACGCGUGAAGCGUUUGUCGAAGGUGUAGUUGAUGUGGAGUUUGGCGUUUUCGGGUGUGAAAAGUGUGCUUUUGUCCGUCGAGUUCCGAGAAGGAAGAUUUUCUCAAUUUCUUGGUGAUGAAAUAAUUCCAAUGAAUUUUGCGCGCGUGUGUGUGUGAGCGAAGAAGUUUGUUUUGCUUGCAUCGGUGUGAGUACCUCUCGUCUUAAGAUGCAAAUCUUUGGGUUGAGAGAACGUAAGUUUUGAGGGAUUACCAGAGGAAAAUCUUAAACAGUGCAUCACAAACAAAAUCUAACCGUGUUUGUAAGGAAAAGUGCGAAAAUUGGUACGAUUUUGGUGCAUCGUUUUCCUCACCUUUGCGCAAGUGUUGGUGACGGAGAAGAGAUCUAGAGUGCGACGACGACGACGACGUAAACAUACGGGAUUGGUCACCACGACUACCGCAUCGCGUGCACACGUGUGUGUAUGUUUGUGUGCACUCACACACCCACACCACCGUCACACUUUGCCACCCAAAGUGUGCUGCGAUGGCAGGCAAGGUUAUCGUCAUCUAAUUUUCAUGAAUGAAUUUUUAUUCCCCGUUCCCCGUUGGCGAAUGUGAUCAGCGCAGAUCGCAGUAGUCUCGAAAAACAACAACAAACAUAUUAGUCAGUCGUUUAGUGUAUGUGUGUGUGUACGUGGUUUUGUGUGUGCAAAGGCCUGGCCUACUCCGCCGCCAAAGGAAGUAAAAAUUAAAAUAUUUACAAUUUCGUUUGACGUCUUAUCGGCGCAAAAGUGCAUUUCAAGUGAUAAGGCUUGCUGCGAGUAAAAAAAAACACACACGGAGUUGCAGCUGCGCGCGUGGUGGAUUACUACUUUUGAGCUCAGUCGGCGACGGCGGCACAGAUAAAGGCCUUUUUUUGCACUCAAUCCGGAAAUUUUUCGCCUGCCGAAGGACACCUCCGAGCGCGCACGUGCCCCUCUCCUCCACAACCGUCUCGUCCGAUGGUCCGAAGUUGCUGCUAGUCCACUCUCCCUCUCUCGUACUCACUGAUGGGGGCCAGGCACAGUCGCCGGCAGCACCACCAACAACACCAAGUCGAAGAACAGCAGCAGCACCAGUCGACGUCAACAGCUGGACACGAAGACGUGGACCGGCUCGAUGUAGACCAGUUGGACGGAGAUCAACAGGAAAGUGCGAACAGCAGCAGCAACAACAACAACAACAAUAAUUUGGUGAUUACGAUUUGUAUGCUGAAGAUGGAACCGAGUGAGGAGCAGCAGCAGGAGGAGGUGCAAGGAACGACACAGCAGGAGUUCACCGGAGGCGGUUCACAAGAAUCGUCGUCUUCUUCGUCGAGAGAAGGCGCUAAAUGUGGCUGUUACGAGAAUAACAAUUGUACGACGACACCCACGACUGUUUCCGCUUCGUCUUCCGCCGAGCCUACCUUCAGGGGCAGUCGAAGCAACUCGCUCUCGAAGCAGGCCAUGACGACGACAGCAACUGCCAAAUGUGGCUGCAAUUGUAACGACAGUGUCAACAAUAACAACGAACCUGCCCUUCCAACGCCAACGCCACUAUCGUCCGCGGCUGUGGCCACCGCUUCCGCUUCCGCUGUCAACGAUUACGCAAACAACAACAGUACCAACAAUCCCAGCUCGGAAGCCGCCCUGAUCAGCGACCUGCUCAGUGGCCAUCAUCAUUUGUUGCAUCACCACCAUCACCAUCACCACCACCAUCACAUGCCGUCGUGGGCGACCUCGCCGGGCACGUUCCUGGCGGUGACCACAUCCGCCACGCCCCCGGCCUCCUCCGUUACGAUCUGUGAUAGCAGCAGCAACACUUCCACAAUGAGCACCAACGCCAGCGUCCUUAACCGAACCAUGCAGCAGCACCAGCAGCAACUGCGCCAGCAACAACAGCAACUGAUGGCGUCCGGCAGUUCCGUGCCGGAAUCGGCGUCAUCCGGACCGGUCAGCCCGAGCCUGAUGGUGACGGCCAGUGCCGUGUGUGAGAUGAGUGACAAGUUGAGCGAUUUGAAGCUGGACGACGAAAGGCGGCGACGUCACAGCGAAGAGCAUCCGUUCAGUGUGGGGGAGUGUCCGCGGUGUGCGGUGGCGUCCCAACAGGGAACCGUGGCGAGUGAGGAGAAGAUUCUGAACACGACGCCCGGCAGUGAGACGAAAGAAUCGACGACGACGACGACGGCGAAGGUCGUGUCAGCGGCAACAAACCCGAAAUCAUCCGCCACCACAUGCUGUCGACAGCCUCCGACGAUGACGACGACGCCGACUCCGACGCCACAACAGAGCUCGACGACGACGACGCUGCUCAGUUCGCUCACAUCCGCCGGCAAGAAGUCACGCGGCUGCAAGUGCUGCCGCGGAUCUGCCAGCUGUGCCAACAACAACAACAACAACAGUCAACAGCAGUCGAAGAGUGGUUCGAGUUCCGUGGCGGCCAGCAGCGCAUCCUCGACCGGGGCCAAGUCGAAAAAGGGCAACUGGGGACUCAAGUUCAACUGUGCCAAACUGAGGGGAGCCUCAAAGUCGUCAUCGGCAGUGGCGGGAGCUAGUGGUAGUGGUUCCAGUAGUAGUAGUAAUAGUGCGGUUCCGGUGGCGGCGGCGGCGACUACGUCCUCGGCGGCACCGAUGGCAAGCAGCAGUAGUGCGACGACGAGUUCGAUUAUCGGGGGUGCCACCGGAAGGUUGCUGAGGAGUGAAUCGGAAAAAGUGGAUUCAUGCGUUUGUACCGCGUACCGCAAAGUGGACGACAUUCCGGCAAUCCCCACCAGCAACGGAUAUCCGCUGUCGGCGAGUUCGUUGGCGCUGAUGCCACAUCACCACGCGGCGGCCGCACUGCACCACCACCAUCACCAUUUGGAGGCACCGACGUCGGCAUCCAACGGCGGUCCCGGCGGCGGUGGAGGAACGGCGGCAGCGGCCACUAAUCAACCGCAUCAGCAGCAGCAACAGCAGAACCACGCAUUCCUGUUCCCGUCGGAGCAUCACGGGCAUCACCAUCCGGGCACGACCACGACCAUCAUUCACCGCAUCGAUGGCAACACGGCCCAGGCGCUGUACGGCAGUUUGGGCGCCGGUGGCCACCACGGAGGCAACUCGGUGAUUGUCGUUUCCGGUGCCGGCAUGUUCGACAUCUCGAGGUUCAACAGCAGCGAUGAGUUCUCGCUGGAAGACUGCGACGAACGGGCGCGGUUGCAGCGCGAGCUGGAGAUCCGCGAAGGCGUCGACGCGCCACCCAACUUUACCCCCCGCGCGCUAAUGUCCGGUGGGACGUUGACCGGUGGGACGGCACUGGGUGCCGUCGGCGGAGCCGCCGGAGUCGCCCAAGCCAACCAGAUUGCAUUCGUGUGCUCGCCGGAAACUUCGUCGGCGCUGAGUUUGCUCCAGCGCGGGCUCAUGCUCCAGAACCAGCAUCUGAUGCACGCCGAAGAAAUGCCCCGAGUGCACUCACAGGUCGACUUCAUUCACUGUCUGGUUCCGGACCUGCAAAAGAUCACCAGCUGCUGCUUCUACUGGGGCAAGAUGGACCGGUACGAGGCGGAGAAGCUGCUGGACGGAAAGCCCGAGGGGACGUUCCUGCUGCGCGAUUCGGCCCAGGAGGAGUUUCUGUUUUCGGUGUCGUUCCGGAAGUACAGCCGGUCGCUGCACGCGCGCAUCGAGCAGUUUAACCACAAAUUUAGUUUCGACUCACGCGAUCCCGGCGUGUACACGGCCUCCACCGUGACCGGUCUGCUCGAGCACUACAAGGACCCGUCCUGCGUGAUGUUCUUCGAGCCGAUGCUGACGUACCCGCUGAACCGGAACUUUACCUUCUCGCUGCAGCAGCUGUGCCGGGCCACGAUCGUCAGCAACACCACGUACGACGGCAUCAACGGCCUGCCGCUGCCCAAGUCACUCAAGUCGUACCUGAAGGAGUACCACUACCGGCAGCGGAUCCGCAUCCGGCCGCUGGACGAGCACCUGUACUCUGGCAUCUAGUACGGCCAAGGCCAAGGGGCGACGGCGGAGGACGAGGAGUGGUGGGAGGGUGGGGAGCGACCGCGGCGGCGGAUGCGACGGAGACGGCGCCGGACGCGGUCACAGCGGAAUCGGGGUGGUGGCCACAAGGACAAUUACUGGGCCGGUCUGCUCGAGGUGGACGAUAAUUGGCCCGACCUUGAGCGGCGCGGAAUGGUGGGUCGCGAUUUGGGUCACCUCAUUGCGGCGGCCAUCGCGCAAGAACGGGAAGAGCGGGAACAGGCGCGGCGCGUCCGCACGGAGAAGAUUGUCCAGAAGCUGUUUUGCUGCUUCCGGGGCUGAGUGUGUGCGUGUAAAUUGUCCUGUAUUUGUAAAUAGCACAUCUAAAUCACACACACACAUUGAUUCAGUUAUUCCUUAUUAUUUAGUUAAAGCUGCCUGAAAUAAAUCAACUACCACCACCUUAUUAUUUAUACCAAUUGUUGUUAUCUAAGUUAUUUGUCCUUUUCACACACACUCACAUUAUUAGACCAUUCUAGUUGCGCUUUGCAAUCUGUACAUGUGUUAACGCGCGCGUUAUGAUAAUUGUUUAUAACAUUCUUUCGUCGCCUUAGUGAAUCAUGUUACGAUUUAAGCUAGUAGAAGCAAACAGUUUCCUUCCUAAAUAUUUAUAGUGACUGAAGCCGUACAAGCAAGUUAGACAGAGAGAGAGCAACCUUAGAAAAGACUAGUGAAUCUCAAAUUAGUUGAAGAGAAAGCGGUACGGAAUUUAGCAGUUUUCGUUGUUUUUGUUACAGUUCUUAGCACUGAUCAGUUUCCAAAUCUAAUCCUAGUAGGCGACACACGCUCUCCAGUUGCCACAGUUGAUCACUCUCAAAAACGCAAAAUAAACAAACUCAACAACAACAAAUCAAACCCAGUAUUCGAAGCUUUCUUCACUCUUAAUAAAACAAAACAAAGAUCGAACAUUGUACAACUCUAAGAUAAACAAAAACCCUAGAAAUAGCCGUUAUAAAAGAAGCCCAUAUCUAAACAAAAAUCGCGAGAAAUAAAAAAAACUAAACAGAAACCCGUUCCCAGUGGUACCAACAAACCCUUGUUGUCGUCGUUCAGAGAGUUCAGAACAAUUCCAGAAAACCACGAAUUUAACCCACACACACACCGUCGUCGUCUUACAGUCACAAAGUCACAAUCAAACCGAAAUGGUUACACAAGAGAAUAAUAACAGCAACAACAACAAAACAUGGAAAAACAAAACCGGUAACCAGCAACGUGUUUUCAAUGUUCACUGAAGAGGAAAAAUUAAUCAAACUAGUAGCAAUUUAGUGAGCAGCGUUUAGAGCAAAAAGUCAGCGUGUGAUAGAGAAAAGGCUAGCAAAAGGAGAAGGUGAAAAACAAAUCGUGUAAAGCAAUGUGGGGGUUUUCGGGGGGGUAGUUGGAAAGAAUAAAUAUUAAAACGGAAUGGAAAACGUUCUGGUAGCUUUAAUGAGAGGAAAACUAAAGCAGAGAGCAUUGAAAAAAAGAGUACUUGCUAAUGUGAAAACUUAUACAAAAGAAAAAAAAAUACCACACAACACUACGAAAUGAUUAGCGGUAGUUGAAUCUCUAGAGUAGAGACCAGAGAGCAAAUAUGUAUGAUAAAGAAAAUAAAACAGGUAAAAUGUAAUCCAA